AGGCCGGCCAGCAGCGGUGGGGCAGUGCGCGCCGGCCCACCGACUCUGCGGUUGCAGCCACAGCGUGGCGACGGCCACCACUCGCAGCAGACUUGGCGAUUGCCUUCCGAUGGAAGUCUCGGCAGCAGCUGUUCCAGCUGCUAACAGCGACAGAGUACAAGCAGAGGAUAGCACCGUGAGUGGGCUGAAGGCUAGAGUGGAGAGAGAGCACCUAAACGGCCACUGGCAAACGCAGCACUGCAAAGAAGACGAGGUCCAUAUCAAAGGGAAGGUGUUGGCCAACGGUACCCUGCUGGAGAAUGGCUCCGUAAGUCACGACCGAGUGUUGGACGCGCACGAGGAGCCUGUGAUCUCUCCAUCUGAGAGGCCGGAGGCUAGUAGGAAUAUCAGUGUGGUAAAUGGGAGUGAUGUGGACGACGGAGGAUGGGACAGAUGCGACGAACAAGUGCGGGAAGCAACCCCAGGAGAGGAGGAAGAGGUGGACCCGGCUAGCGGAGAGCUGCUGACGGAGGAGCGGCUGGCGGAGGCGGAGCGGCUGCUGCGGCGGCACUCUGGGUGCUCGGGCCCGUGGCGGCUGUCUCGCUCGCCGCUGGGCGGCCGCGGCCUGGUGGCGGCACGGGCGCUGUCUGCCGGGGAGCUGGUGCUCAGGGACCCGCCGCUCGUGCUGGCGCCGCGCGCCGCCUCCGCACCCCUCUGCCUGCGCUGCCACCAACGCGCCGCCCCCGACCGCCUCCGGCAGUGCGCCCGCUGCCACAUGCCCGUCUGCUGCGACGCUGCGGGCGACGGCCAGGAGGACCACCACGCCGGGGAGUGCGCGCUGCUGGCGGAGUGGGGGCUGCGUCCGCCGGCAGAGGGCGGCUGGCCGCGGCCGGUGGUUCGCGCCUGCGCCGCCGUGCGCUGCCUGGCGCUGCCCGCUUCCGACCAGAGGCUGCUGGCCGCGCUGCAGGCGCACCAACACCCGCGCUACCGCCAUGAGAGUGUAGAAGCUGUUGCUGUCGUCACAGGAAAUUUUGUAUACAACUGGAUUAGAGGAGAUCGCUUGUUGUUGUUGUUAUCAGCUUUAUGGAGCUGCUGUCGCGGCUGUGUGGGGGGGCGGGUCCCCCCGGAGCGCCUGCGAGCGGCGGGGCGCGCGGCGCGCGUGCUGGACACGAACGCGUUCGAGACACCGCUGGACGGCAGCCGGCGGCCGGAGGCGCUGUCGGGGCGGCUGCGCGGCCUCUACCCGCUGGCCGCCAUGAUGAACCACGCGUGCUCGCCCAACACCACGCACGGCUACGACGCGCAGCACGCCAUGGUGGUGCGCGCCGCCGUCGACGUGGCCCGCGGCCAGGAGCUCACCACGUCGUACGCCCCGCUGAUGUGGGGCACGGCCGCGCGGCGCGCCCACCUGCUCGACACCAAGGGCUUCCUCUGCCGCUGCGACCGCUGCCGCGACCCCCAGGAGUUCGGGUCGCUGCUUUCGGCGCUGCGGUGCGGGCGCGGCGGUUGCCUUGGCGCCAUAGUGAGCGAGGACCCCUUGGACACGGCGUCUCCGUGGCGCUGCAGCGGCUGCGGACAGCAGCUGAACGCCACCAAAGUGCGGGCGGUACAGGCCGCACUUGGCUCCAUGCUGGCCAAGGUGGACACCGGCAGGCCGGAGGCCGUGGCCGCCUACCUGCGCAGCCCGCGCGUCUGCUCGGCGCUCCACCCCUCCAACCAGGUCGCCGUCGAGCUCAAGAGCUGCCUCGUCUGGCUCUACGGCCACACCGACGGGCACAGCUGGCAAGAGCUGAGCGAUGAGGACCUGGAGCUGAAGGAGUCGCUGUGCCGGGAGCUGCUGCAGCUGCUGGCGCUCACCAGGGUGGGCCGCUGCCGCCUCAGGGGUCUCUUCUUGUACGAGCUGCACUGCACCUUAUCUGAAAAAAUGCGUCGAAGUCCAUCACAUUCCAUCAAGACUGGGGAAUCGGAAGUGCUGGAGUGCCUGGAAGAGGCGGCGGACAUCUUCCGGCUGGAAGCGAUGGCGCCGCCAGACCUGGCCUCGCGCCUGGAGGCCUGCAGGGAAGCCGCCGACCACCGCUGAGCGGCGCUGCAGUCUGCGAAUAAGCUGGUUACAGCACUGGUGGCGCUCUCGAGUGCGUCUGGAAGUGGCUAUGUGAUUUGGCAAAACUUUAUUAUGUUACAAUGUUUACGUGUUAUACCUAAUUAAUUAUUGGUGAAGAAUAUACAAAAAUUGUUUCUUGAGCA